AUGAUCAUAUCCGAGAAAAACCGUAGAGAGAUCUCCAAAUACCUCUUCCAAGAGGGAGUUUGCUAUGCAAAGAAGGAUUUCAAUUUGGCAAAGCACCCUGAGAUUGAUGUCCCAAAUCUGCAAGUUAUUAAGCUGAUGCAGAGCUUCAAAUCCAAGGAAUAUGUUAGGGAAACAUUCGCUUGGAUGCAUUAUUACUGGUUUUUGACUAAUGAUGGAAUUGAGUUCCUUAGGACUUAUCUCAAUCUUCCAUCUGAGAUUGUGCCAGCUACUUUGAAGAAGCAGGCUAAGCCAGCUGGUAGACCAUUCGGUGGUCCACCGGGUGAUCGCCCUAGAGGCCCACCUCGAUUUGAGGGAGAGAGGAGAUUUGGUGGCGACCGUGAUGGAUACCGUGGUGGUCCUGGUCCCAGAGGACCUGGUGGUGAGUUUGGUGGAGACAAGGGUGGAGCUCCUGCUGACUACAGACCUUCUUUUGGGGGUCCUGGUGGAAGACCUGGCUUUGGUCGUGGUUCUGGUGGCUUUGGAGCACCUACCAGUUCAAACGAUGCUUAA